AUGCGCGGUGGCUGUGGCUGUGGCGGUGGCUGUGGCUGUGGCUGUGGCUGUGGCGGUGUCGGCGACGCUGGCUGUGUAUUGAUUCUCCAUGGCUGCAUCGACGAAGGACAGACGUACGAACGGACAGAAAGAGAAACGGAUGAACCGACCGACCGACAAACGCUACACACGAUCGGGCAGCCAGUCGAGAAAGGAAACUCUGCUCCGCAUAUUCACUCGAUUUGCAAUCCACCAAUGGUCGCAGUCUGUUGUCGUCACUCUUUCUGUCGCAGCCGCCAGACGUCGACGUCACCAUCUGCCAGUAGUGUAUCGCCUUCAUUGUCGUACUCAUGUCCCUUCGCUGAGAGUAGCCGAGCCGUCUGA